AGGCAAUAACUAAAAUAAUCACAAUAAAAUUAAAAACUUUUAAAAGCCCUCCAGAGCGCGUGGAACGAGCGUCGGACGUCAUGCUGUCGCACGGAUGGAUCUCAGCGCGCUUCGGGUUUGUCGUUUUUGGAUAUUUGGCGUUUUUCUUCGGCGUAAUUGUUCCAGGAGCCGACGCGGGGUGCAGGGAGAGAGAGAACCCGAACUGCUGCACCGGCAGGAAUAACGAAUGUUUUGAGUACACCAAGAGAAAAACAGUCUGCUAUUGUGACACCUACUGUCAGAAAACCAGAGACUGCUGCGAAGACUACCAGCCCGUGUGCCAAGUCUCUGCAGCCAUUGACUGUAUGGUGGGCUCCUGGGGUUCCUGGUCUCCAUGCACGUCUUCAUGUGGAGUUGGAAGCACAGAGAGGAAUCGCCAAGUGUUUGUGCCGCCUAGAAAUGGAGGCACGCCCUGCCCUGAUCUCAAACAGCGCCGAGGAUGCCUUGGAAAUGAUGCCUCAUGCAACUCUGCUAAAGAGGUGGCAACGAUCCUGCCUGAUUCUUUCAAAAGGAACUUCAAGGACCCUUGGAGGCGACCACACAUGCUGAUGAAGGAGGAGAAGGCCAGUUACUGUGUGUACCUGCGGGUGGAACAGGCCAGUGCAGCCUGCAGACUCAAACUGUGGAGCGCUCAGCUGGUGAAGGAGAGGCUGGUGUGUGCAGAGUGCCAGAGUGAUGCCAUGUUCAAGUCAGACCGCUGCAGAGGAGACGGUGUGAAGGGCACCAGAACCUUCUGGGCAGCGGCGUCCGUCCCCGGUUGUCACGGUUCGUGGAUGCGAGAGUCUUCUUCAGAUGCUUGCAGAUGUCCUGUCUCCUCUUUUCUCUUUAUAUGAGUCAGAAAAACUCCAGACAGCCGAGUGCCUUCAAAACCUGCCAGACCUCUGCGAUCCAGAUUACUGGAUGGUAGCUCAAGGAGAUCAGCAGCAUCCUGCCAAUUUGUCCUUUCACCUCACACACUGUUCUGUAUCCACAUUCCUUAAACCUCCAUCAAUGCUUGUAUUUAAUCUCAGUUUUUAUAGCCAUCUACAUGUCUCCAAAACACCGUAACCAUUUGCAUUUGUAUCUCUGAAUCACUGCUAUCUACCUCCUUUAAUACAAGUGAA